UGUUGUACGGCACCGGGCCCUGCCCCUUCCCCGCUCGCGCUGCCCGCUCUGGCUGGACCUGCCACGCGCCCAGCUUAAACAAGAUGAAAAAGAGCUUAUCUUCCAGUGGUAGCAAUGGCUGGGCCUCCCUGCUGCCUAUUAGAGUUCAGGACACAAGUAGAGCUGGUCUAUAUACACCUCAAGCAACAGAACGAUCGAAGCUGAGCAUAUCUAAGUACAUGGGUGGCUCUGAAGGAAAAACCAGCUUCUCUGUGAAAAGGACAAGUGGUUCUGGAGUGUCACGAAAUACACCAUGGGGCUUUUUUACUGGCACAGAAAAGUUAAAGGAUCCCAGGCCACUUCAUGACAAGGCUUACAUCCAGCAGUGCAUCCGACAGCUCUGCGAGUUUCUUGUGGAGAAUGGCUAUGCCCAGAAUGUCUCUGUGAAAUCGCUCCAAACUCCAUCUACUAAGGACUUUUUCAGGAUUUUUGCUUUUAUAUAUGCUUUUUUGUGCCCUUCUUAUGAACUUCCUGAUUCUAAAAUUGAAGAGGAGAUCCCCAAAGUCUUUAAAGAACUUGGGUAUCCCUUCCCAUUGCCCAAAAGCUCCAUGUACACCGUGGGUGUGCCGCACGUCUGGCCUCAGGUUGCCGCUGCACUAAUGUGGUUAAUAGACUGCAUCAAGAUCUACAGUGUCAUGAGAGGAAACAUAGAUGUGCUUGUCGAUGCUCAGUGCUGGUCAGGAGAGGGUGAAGAUGAAAUUGUUGUUAAUAAGCUACUUAUGGAAUACACUAAGAAGUGUUAUGAUCAUUUCAUGAAUGGAGGAGAUGCUUUUGAAGAGAUGGAUGGAGAACUGCAGGCAAAACUAAACAAAGUGUUUAAAGUAGACCAUUCCAAACUGAAGACCUUAGAAGCAGAGAACAAAAGGUUGAAUGAAGAGAUUGCAAGGCUAGAGAGAGAGAGGGAAAGCGAGCUGGAUCGUCUAGAAACGCUGAGGAAGCUGAAAGCUUCGCUGCAAGCUGAUGUUGAAAAAUAUCAGGCUUACAUGACUAAUCUGGAAUCUCAUUUAGCUGUCCUGGAUCAGAAACUACAUAGCCUCACUGAGGUGUGUGAGGAAUCAGAAUUGGAAGUUGAAAUGAUGAAGCAGGAAAAUGCCCUGCUGCAGCACACUGUUGAUAAUCAGCUGUACACAGUUGUAGACAUCGAGAGAAUAAACCACGAGAAAGAUGAGCUUCAACAAACUAUCAACAAGCUUACCAAGGAGCUAGAGACAGAGCGGCAGCAGCUGUGGGCUGAGGAGCUAAAAUAUGCAAGAGGCAAAGAGUCAAUUGAAGCACAGCUGGAUGAUUAUCACAAACUGGCUCGGAAGCUGAAGCUAAUCCCAGCAGGCAUGGAAAAUUCCAGAGGCCAUGAUUUUGAGAUUAAGUUUAACCCAGAGGAUGGACCCCAUUCUCUCGCCAAAUACAGACAGCAGAUCAAUGUUCCGCUUAUGCAGAUAAUAGAUGAGACUGAAGAGGCAAUAAGUAAAGCUAGUAACAAGAAAAUAAUUUUAGAGGAUUCCUUAGAACAGUUGAAUGUGGUGAUGGCAGAGAAGAAAAGCAACAUAAAACUGCUGAAAGAAGAAGCCCAAAAGCUGGAUGACCAUCACAAGCAGAAGCUCAAGGUGGCUGAAGAAGAGGAGGAAAAACGUGCAGCUGAACUGCAAGCCCUAGAGAUACAUAAAAACCUAAUUGAGGUUCGAAUCAACAAGGGCCUCAAUGAAGCUAUGAAUGAGCUACACGAAAUUCAGAAGAAGCACCAGAUUGCUGUGAGGACAACAAAUGAAGAGAAAAUGCAACUGCUUGAUAAGUUGUACUGUGUCCUGGAAAUGGUGGCUUUUCAUGUAGGAUCUGUAGAGAAAUACCUGGCUGAGCAUAAUGCAAAAGCUGAUCAGUGUUUUGAAGAAUUUAUGCCUGAAGAUCUCUUGGACAACCUGAAACAAAUUCUAGCCAAAUAUAAAAGUAAAAGCUAAUGCUCUGUAACUCCUGCAUGGAGGACUUCACCUAUAUAUUUUUUUUUCCUGUAGCACAAUUGUAAUGUCCAGUCCUGCAUUCCUUCCACUACUAACCCAUAUGUACAAGGACUACAGGAUCUGGUCCACACUGUGCUGUUUGAGAGCUGUUACUCCUAAGUAUGUAGUUAUUAAAUUCUUACAAAUGUAAACUGUGUGUAUUUAGAAAAAAUAAAAAAUUACACUACACCUGCUAUCAAAAAUCUUUAUGAAAUACCUUUAAGACCCUUGGCUUCUGCAGGCAGAUGUCUAUGAAGCUAUAGGAUUUAAACCACACUUUUCAAAAGGGUCCAUUAAUUUUGGAUGCUUAACUUGGAAGAGCCCACAGCAUGCAGCACCCAAAACUGAGUGGAUGCUUCUGAAAAGUGUUUGCUAGCAGGCUGAAACUAUUCAAGAACUGACAUUGAGCCACAGCAUGUGCUCCAGGAUGCUUUUUGUCCCUGAGAGCUGUACUAUCUGGGACAGCCCAUCUGUGGUUAUGACACUCAGCACUUCUAACAAUGGUUAUAUAUGGAAUCAUAGCCCUGACUCUCCCUUUGUUCUGCUUGAUUGAUCAAAGUACUUAGGAGUUAGAUCCACCCCUUUCGCAUACAGCACAUAAGAAUUAGUGUAUUGCAUUAGGCUAUUUUUCCAACAGCUCCCAGAUCCCGUCUCUAGGAUUGGCUACUACCACGUAGUAGGAUUAACAUCUAAUGAUGAUGAUUUCCCAAGGUCAAUUAGGUUGGGUAAAAAAAAUUUCCUUUUAUGAACAGACAUGAACUUGACCACACAGCCUCUUUAAUCUACACUUAAGUCACAUGCAGAGUACAGCUACAGCAUUGCUUAGGUGAAGAGCAUGCCCUACAUACCUGAACCCCCAGGCUGGAGAGCUGUGUGUGUACACAAACUCCUUGCUCUACAGUGUAACAUCCUCCUACUUUAAGCCUUUCCCUGUCCCACUGAAAGGCUCCAGCCACUCCCACCUCUGGGAGCCUUUAGCUAUGGCACAGAGCUAGCCCUCGUAAAGUAAUACACAUUGGAAAAAAUAACCCCAACUAGACAUACAAUAUGAUGGGGG